AUGGACUCACCACCUCCUCCACAAAGAAACAUUUCAACUUCCGCAAGGAAACGACCUAAGUUACAAAAAUCUCUUUCUACAUCUGGUGUAAACCCUAGUGGGGGCGGUAAUGGGGGAGGAGGACGUGGUAGAGGCAAUAGGGGAGCUAGUCGUGGUGGAGGCAGAGGUAGCCGCGGUGGAAUGAGUCGUAAAUCGUCUAUAGCACGAAAAUCAAUAAUUUCACCAACGACUCCGCAAGAGCAACUAGGGUCGCCUUCUUCAUCCACAGCUGCUACACCUGCCCCCACUUCACCAAGUGUCCCGUCAACGCCUGGAGUAUCUGUGCCACCCACACCUCGUGGUGAAUUCUUUGAUACUCAACUUACGACCAAUAGUCCCGAAUCGAAUAACCUCGAAGAAAAGGAUAAAGAUAAUGACGAAGACGAUGAAGAGAAUGAUGAGUUCGCCAUGGACCUUGAUCUGCAUAUGCAAGCACAAAUGAAAAGAUCCAAGGAAGAAUUGAGAGCCCUGCUUGAAAACUUUUCAGAAGAGCAACUGCAACGCUAUGAAGUAUAUCGAAGAUCUUCAUUGAGCAAGCCAAAUGUAAAAAGAUUAGUUGGUCAAAUACUUAAUCAACCGUGUUCACCUACAAUGGCUUUCGUGAUUGCUGGUUUCACAAAAGUUUAUAUUGGGGAAAUCGUUGAACUAGCACGUGAAAUUCAGAAAGACUGGAAUCAAACAGGACCUCUCACGCCAGAACAUCUUCGCGAAGCAAAUCGUCGUUAUAAACAAGCAACAGGGUUCACAUCAAGUAAUUACCAUAAAAGAUUGUUUUGA